AAGAAAGACCGUAAACAGAAGAACGCGGAAACAAAAGAGGUUUUUACAAAAACACAAACACGUCCGUGACUGUCGAAGUGCUCUGAGGAUAAACUCCAGACACACACUUCACCUGCAACAAUCCUCAAAUUCAAACGAAGAGCGAGUGAAAGUGAGCCGAGGCGCGAACUGCACCAGUCAACAUGGCACUGAAGAGAAUACAGAAGGAGCUGCAGGACCUGCAGAGAGACCCUCCAGCACAAUGCUCUGCUGGACCAGUGGGGGAUGACCUGUUUCAUUGGCAGGCAACCAUAAUAGGUCCGGGUGACAGUCCUUACCAAGGAGGAGUUUUCUUUCUCACAAUCCACUUCCCCACUGAUUAUCCAUUCAAGCCACCAAAGGUAGCAUUCACAACAAAGAUUUAUCACCCAAAUAUAAACAGCAAUGGGAGUAUCUGUUUGGACAUUCUACGGUCACAGUGGUCUCCAGCACUAACAGUGUCUAAAGUUCUAUUGUCCAUAUGUUCACUGCUUUGUGAUCCAAACCCAGACGACCCCUUAGUUCCAGACAUUGCACACAUCUACAAGAACGACAAAGACAAAUACAACAGACUAGCGAAAGAAUGUACCCACAAGUAUGCCAUGUAAAGAAACCCCAUCAAAGAUGAGAAAAGAAAACAUGCUGAGAAUUCUUUCUUUUUCCUUCCUUUUUUAAAGUCACAGCACACUGUAAAUUAUAGUAUGGAAUCAUGAAGUAAUCUAAGGUAACUUCCAUCAAACUGAACUGUCAUUGACAUCAUUAAUCAGACCAUUUUUAUUUUUUAACGAAGGUUUUACUUUGAGAAGAUUGCCUGUGGUCAUUUAAUGGCUGUGUUGGUGUUUAAAGGUUAAGCAUGUUGUUUCUGCAUCAAGGACAUUUUAUUUAUAACAAAUUCUUAUAAAGAAGUCUUCUUUUUUAAGUGAAAGUAGUGGACUGUAGGACGUAUAUCUCACAAUAUUCUAUUCAGCAACAAGUGUUUUUUCAGCAGGAUAGCAUUCAUGUUAGACUAACAGCUGCUCCAGAACUGGAAAAACCUAGGCUUAGUCCCUGCUGCACUGCUGCAUCAUCAGCAAGCAGCAAGAAACACACUGAACCAUGGAAAUGUGGAAGGGUGAAUGCCAAAUAUGUAAGACCCUCAUUCUGACAUAUGUAUGUAAAACAUCAUGAUGUCCCCUAUAACAGUACAGCUUGACCUCACCUUCAUGUAGUGGCUGAUGGAGGUUUUUGUUGACUUCUUUCGCAUCGUGUAGCAGACAAAGUUGAAUGAAACAAUGUGCUGUUGCUCUGAAAGUGGGUGCAUUACAAGUCAUGUAUUAUUGUGGUUUAUUAUUAUUAUUAUUAUUAUUAUUAUUAUUAACAUGAUCAUCAUAAAUGUUGUUAUUGUUGUCGCUGUAUUUAAAAUUCCCUGGAGCUCUAAUAUUGUUUUACUCUGGUAUAAAUUGGAGUCAUCACAAUGUAAAUCUGUCAUUAAAGCGGUGUACUCUUUUCCCUUGAGAA